AUGAAUGUCCUCGGCCGCGUAUGUCGUCAAAAUCAGGACUGGUUCGACGACAACGACGCCGGCAUCAGCAACUUGCCCACCGAGAAGAACCGACUACACAAAGUCUACGUCACCCGCCUCACCGACGACAACAACGCAGCCUUCUACCGUAGUUGCCGCCUUGUGCACCAGCGGCUGCAGGAGGUGCAAUACGAAGGUCUCAUCCAAAUACCGAACCAAGAAUCUCGGUCUGUGGUAUCGGGAAUUCUGGGCUCUGUACGUGGAUGAUAUCUUCGUCGUCACCGAACAGGAUCAGGCGCUGAAAUUCAAAGAACAUCUCAACGCCGUCUUCUCUGACAUUCAGUUUACGAGGGAGGAGGAAUAA